GUGACUGCGGCCUGCCCCCAGUGAUACCUCAUGCCCAGCCAGCGUUGGGAGGACACACCAGCUUUCCUGAGAACACCACGGUGUCCUACACGUGUGACAGUGACUUUGUCAAAAUCCCAGGCAUGGCAGACGCGGUGAUCUGCCUUUCCAGCAAUCAGUGGACAGACAUUGAAGAAUUCUGUAAUCGUAGCUGUGAAGUUCCACCCAAGUUGUCUUAUGCAGCCCUCAAAAAGACUUACAUCAGUAAGAAUUACUUUCCAGUUGGUACCGUUGUGGAGUACGAGUGCCGGCCAGGGUAUAAGAGAAAAAUGAAUCUUCUAAGUGGAAGACUGGGAGCACUAACUUGUCUUGAUAAUUUAACAUGGUCCAUCCCUGAGACAUUUUGUGAAAAAAAACAGUGUGGUAAUCCUGGAGAUAUACUACAUGGUUAUAUCAAUAUAACAACUGACCUAUUAUUUGGUUCUCAGAUAUUCUUCUUCUGUGACACAGGGUACAGAUUAAACGGUCCAACUUCUGCUUUCUGUAUGCUUGUAGGAAAUGGUGUGGGUUGGAGUGACAGAUUACCCGUGUGCACAAAAAUUUUGUGUCCAGAACCACCAAAAAUCCAGAACGGACGGAUUAUAAAUGAAGAGGACACUUACAGCUAUAGACAGGUUGUAACAUAUGAGUGUGACAGAGGAUUCACCCUGACUGGAGAAAAGAACCUUUAUUGUACUGUGAUGGAUGACACAGGGGAAUGGAGCGGCCCAGCACCUACCUGCAGAGGAAAAUCUUCAUAUCCCUCGCGCCCAACACUGAAGCCACAUACCACAAAUACACCAGGUACAGAAGUCUCUCUAUCAUCUCAAAAACCCACCACAGUAAAUGUUCCAGCAACUAAGCGUGGACCUGACCCCAGGACAUCCACAAAGCCUCCUACAACAGCACCUGAAGAGAAAGGAUUGGCUUCAGGUUACAGCGGUGUGAUAUAUGGAGUCGUUAUUGCCGGUAUUACAAUAACUGGUAGUCUAGUUCUAGCCAAGUUCUUGUGGAACCGUGGAAAAUCAGGGACACAACUGUGUAAAAUUGGCAGUUCUGCUUGUGGUGCUAGUAACCAUCAGCUAGCUGACCGUGGCAAAGAAGAGUUAAGAGAGACUGCCCACCUCCGCAGAAUAGUUCUAGUUUGUUAUAAGUUCCUGGAGCAGCACAGAUACAAUAAAUCCGGUAGUGCACUCUGCUUUGCAUGUUGCUGUUGUCUUUAGGCUGUGUUGGGAAUGUGAACAAAACGAGGGGAUGGGAGUCCAUCCAGAGUCACAUUCUCUGUGCACCGAAAGCCUCUUCAAAAUAGAAGCACUCACAGAAUGGAGAAGAUCGCUUUCCUAAAAGUAUAGGGAAGUAGAGACAUUUGUUUAUGCGUACAGCAGGAUCCAGAAUUUCUUUCACUAGAUGUGUAUUAUUUUACUUACAAAAGGAAAUAAAAAGUUAAAGACAUUAAUUGGAUAGCAAAAGUAAAAGCAUGUCAUAUUGUCUAAGCAAAAUUGCCAAAAACAUGAACCACGUUCUAAAAUAAUGCCUAAAAUGUAAAGUACUUUUAUCUGUACUUAUUUCAUUAAAAUGAAUCCUAAUGGUUUUGGCAAAAUAUU